GCAAGCACUGAUUGGUGAAAAACUUUCGAGCUCGAACGCCUGUCAACAAAACUGCACACUUGAGUUUGCAACUUUGGACAAGACACGAGAGAGUCGUGGAAAAUUAAAGCGUUGUUGAAGACGAAAGGUCCUUCAGCGUUACCAGUUGCUGGACGGAGCCACUAGGGGGCAAUGUCUGAAACCAGCAGCAGUGCCAAUGGCAACAGCUGGACUCUUCUUACUCCGGAGGUAAAGGAGUCUGGAGUUGAGAAUGUGGGUCAUGUAGCCGAAUGUCUUAAGCUCGAGGGGCAGAUGUCAAAAGCACCUGAGCCCUCACCGGAGGCCCACAGUGUCCCGGAGAAGCACUCCUCUGAAGCAUCUGCUCACCAGCUGGAGACAGAGACAUCCACACAGAUGCAGUCUGACCCAGCUCUCACCCACGAGUCCAAGCCUCCAGAGCUAUCUCAGCAGGGAACGUCUCCAGAGACGAGUGAGGGUCGGGCCCAGCUGAAUGCAGAACAUUUCAGUGAAGAGCCCAGCUCUGUCGGUGCCACUGUUGAGGACAUCAGCUCCUGGACCCCUGACCGUGAGAAACAAGGUCUUUCAGAGAGCCCAGUUACUUCCACUGCUGAUGUCGAUUCAUUCUCGGACUCUUACACUCACAUAAGUCCUACCUCUGGAUCAAGUCCACAUCCUGCUUCAGUUGGUCAGGAAAGAGACUGGUUUCAAUCGGAUGAAGAGUCUAAAGAAGUGUUGGAAACAAACGGGAAGGAGGGGGAUGGUUUACGAAAGAGAAAAAUCUCCCACCUGGGCUCUUUGGACAAGACUGAGGCAGAAGAUGAUGAAGAUGGGGAGGAGGAGGAUUUUCAGCCCCCUCAAAGAGAAGAGGAAACGGUCUUUUCUUUGAACAAGUGCAUCAUUGCAGCUGUAAUUCUUCUUGGACUAGGGACCAUUUUCUUCUCUGGUAUGCUCAUGGACCCAGAUGAUGAAGCAGACAUGGAUGUUGCAGAGCUGAAGGACCCAACAAAUCAGGAGUGGCUGAAUCCUGAGAUCCCCAAAGACACACCUGUUGGUCUUCAGCCUCCAGAUACUUUGAGCAAACAGGCAAAAGAAGAUCAGCAAAUAUUGGUACUACAGGAACAGCUUCAGCAACAUCAAGUUGAACUGAAAGCAGCGCAACUUCAGGCAGAGGAGGGAGAGAAAGAGCGUAUGAGGAGAGAAGAGCUGGAGAAGGAGUAUGAGAGGAUAAAAGGAGAACUAGAUCAAGUACCUGCUCUUCAGAAGGAGCUGGAGCAAGAGAACGAGAGAAUGAAAGAAGAAAGUGCGAGAGCAAAGAAAGAGCUGGAUGCCCUGCCAUCACUACAGAGUGAACUGGAGCAUCUGAGAGCUAAAGUUUCACAGCUCACACAGAGCACAGGAAGAGCAGAAUCUGUUCCUCCCAUUGCAGCUUCUCAGAUGCCCUCUGCUGGAGACAAAAGUGAUGUACCACUGACGGAAAAACAAGACAUGAAGCCCAGAACGACAUGGGACAAAAAGAGUGAGGAGAAGGAACAAAGCAAGGGAGACAAAGAAUGGAAAAAGAAGAAAGGUGGAAAAAAGGUAAAUGACGAAGAAAGUAAGGAGAGAGUGACUGAGGGAAAACAUACUAUGGAAAAGAAAGACUGGAAAAAAGAUAAAAGCCACCAAGAGGCAGGUAAAGCAGAGAAGGGAAAAGAAGAGAGAAAAGAGUGGAAAAAGGACAAAAAACAAGAUUAUGAUAAAAUGGGCAAAGAAAGUGUAGACAAGAAAGAUUUUAAGGAGUGGGAAGAGAAAAAAGAAUGGAAGGAAGAUAAAAAGGGGAAGAAAGACAAACAUGUAGGACAGGAUGAGAGGAGGAGAGACAAGAAAGACUGGAAGGAUACUGGGAACAAGAAAGAGAAAGAAGAAAAUGAAUGGAAACAACAGAGAGGGGAGCGGAAAGAGGACAAAGACUGGAAAAGCGAUAAACGGAGUGGUGGGAAGGACCAUAAAGAAUGGAAAGAGAAAAGGAAAGAUGAAUGGAAAGGUGAAAAAGAGUGGAGAAAGGAAAAGAGUGAGGGAAAACACAGUGAUAAGACAGAGAAGAAAUGGAAAAGAGACAAAGAAUUUCCAAAAGAGUAUAAUGAAAAGGAGGAGAAGAAACAAAGAGAGUCACAAGAUAGAGAAUGGUCAAGAGAGGGAAUAAAGGAGGAGAAAAAAAAGAAGAUAAAAUAUAGUCCCAAUGAAAAGGCGAAACAACACAAGGAGAAACUUAGGCAUGGAGCACCAGACGAGACCUUCUCCCAUCACCAUUACGACCAUGAGAACCACUGGACCAAACAGAGAGAGCGCAUUCAGCGGGAGACGUGCAGCGGUGUGACAGACUGUGCUCAGGUCGAGGGUCUCUCUCCCGUCAGCCUGCAGGACUUCCAGACCCUUCUCCAGUCCUACCUGAACAAGCUCCAGGACCAGGACCAGGCCUCCAGGAAGGAGGAGCUCAGUAAGCUGGUGAAGGAGUUCUUCACGGAUGGAGUGUUCGCUCAUGAUCGGAUGCCGUUCAGGGAGUUCGUGGAAGACGUGGGGGACAUUUUGGAGGACAUGGCUGAAGGAGAAGACAGCGACAGCGAGGGAGAGGAGAGCGAGGAAGAUGACGAUGAUGAGAUGGAAGAAUUUGAAAGGGAGGCAAUGGAGAAAUUUGCUCUUCCAGAGAAAGUGAGGAAGGUUGAGAAGAAGGGAGAGCAGAAGAAAGAGAGCAGAAGAGUGAAAGUUUGAAGGUUCCUCAUUGGGAUUUAGAGGUUUAAAGAAAAGGUACAUCCGCAAACAGUUGGGCCAGAUUUUCUGCUUACUAAUGUAAUGUGUCAUUUAAAAGAGCUUAUUCAUUUUGAUCAGUAUGGCUUUGCUUUUUCUUUUCAUGGAUAAAGCAUUACUGUAAAACCUCAGUGAUGGUUUCCUUCCUUCCUAUCAUUUUUCAUUACUUUCAUUACUUUUACUUGAAAAUUUUAUACAACGUCAAAUAAAGACUCAUUGAGAGUCCCUUGUUCAUUCAUUUAAAGCUCUGGGGCUGGAUUCAUGAAAUGUGGUUAAGAAAUUUUUUUUUAUUAUUAUUUUAUUAAAAUUUUAUUUUAUUCUUAUUUGUUAUUUUAAGAAAUGUAUAGAAUAUUGUUUCUUUGUGACAAGAAUUCUUAAGGUUUUUAUUAUUAUUAUUAUUUUUAAGAUUGUUCUUAAAAUAGCUGUAAGAGAAUUAACAUUUUUCAAAAAUCUUCAAAAUAAUUCUAAAAUAUAUUUUACCUGACUACACAGAUGAUUAAUAAAUUAAUUGGACCGUUACAAUGUUAAAAUAAAAACAUUUCAACAUUAUAAUACUAGCUAAAUAUAAUGCAUAUUAUUACUACUGCAUUUUAAUUUUUAAUACACCGGAUGUAUAAUUAUUAGGCACAUGAUAUUCUGAUGAUAUUUUUUUUUUCAAACUAAUUUGACCAAUUCCAAACCAAAUCAGUCGUAAUAACUACUAUUGAUUUAGUAUUUAAUAGUUUAGAAGUAAUAUAUGAUUGUCCAUGGAGGCUGGAAGAGUAAAACUCCUUAUAUUCAGGUGUGCAAAAUUAUUAAGCAUAUUUUCUUUUACAUAUAAAAUGAUCCAAUUAAAUCCCCAUGAGAAAUAUUCAAAACUAAUACAAUAUAGAAAAUGUUUUUAAUAUUUCUCAUGGGGAUCUAAUCAUUUUUAAAGUAAGAGGUAAACCUCUUUUUUAAACUUUUUUUUUUUUUGGCUCAUUUUAUCUUUAAAAGGAAACCUGCCUAAUAAUUCUGCUCACCUGAAUAUAAGGAGUUUUUACUUCCAGCCUUCAUGGACAAUUAUAUAUUACUUAUAAAUGAUCAAAUACAAAAUCAAUAUUAGUUAUUAUUAAGGUUGAUGUGGUUUGAAAUUGGUAAAAUGUGCUUGGAAAAAAAUAUCAGAAUAAUAAUGUGCCUAAUAAUUCUGCAUGUGGUGUAUAAUGUUGCAUACUCAUAGGUUUGUCGAAUGUAUAUUCAAGAUUAGAAAUACCGUGGGUUAUUAGACAAGUUGCAAUUAGACAAAAAAAAAAGUUUAUAGAUGAAUAAACUAACUGUUAAUAUUUACCAAGUAUUAAGUAAAUUGUUGUGAUAUAAAACAACUUUAACCUUAGUAUACAAUCAGCAAGUCAAAUGUUAUCAUUAUUUUAUUCUUACAAAAGAAAAAGAUUAUUCCUAAAAAAAUAAAUGUGUUCUUAAGACAAUAUCUGAGAUGUAUUUUAAUAAUUUCACUUAAACUUCUCAUUUAUCUUUAGAACAUUCUUAAUUUUGUUUUGUUAAGAAGAUAUUCAUAAAUCUAGCUCCAGAAAAGACGGCAACAGUGUCGAGAACUGAAGGAGUUUUCUUGGAACUGAUCUACUGUUACACAAAAUGUCACAAAUAUGAUAUUUGUGUGGGAAUAUUCAUCAGAAGAAUGUAGUUAAGUGUUGAAUGUGAGAGUCAUUUGUAAUCUUUUACAGUCACUUAACGAUCUGUGUUCAUUUUGGAUCAUAUCUAGCUUAUACAGUGUGUAAAGAUAUUAGACUGUUUGAGUUUUAUUAAUGUGUAUCAUUUUGGUUCUGCUUUUUUAAAUUCUUUAAAUUAUUUUGUUUGUCUUUAGGGUCUCCUGACCCAAUGUUUUUGGUUUGUUUCAGAGGUUCACUAGUAUUUAUAACAUUUUAUGGAGGAUAUCGUUAGUAAGUAAUAUGCUUGUAUUGUCUGGAGCUUAGUAAUCAUAAAAAAAUAUAUAUAAGCAAAACAUUGAAGAAUAGUACAGGCCAUCUUAGUUGUAUUUGCUGCAGUAAGGGGAGUUCAGUAAGUUUUGUAAUUUAAAGGUGUAAUAUUUUUUUUUUUUUUAGUUUUUUUUUUUUUAGUUUUUUUUUUCCACUUUUGUCAAAUUAUACACUGUCAGGCAAAGCUGCUUGCACCUUACAGUCUGGCUUCCACAGAUGCUAUACUGGGUGUACAGUCAAAUUCAAAAACUUGAGUAUUGUACACUUAACUACUUAAAUGUAGCAUGUAUACAUUUUUCACAGACUGCUAAAUUGUAACAAAAAAUGCAAGACUGAUAAGUGUAAUUUGUUUUUUUAAUUGUUAAUUGCAGAAGUUCAGAUGGUUGUGGUUGUGGAAAUAUGUUUGCUGUUAAACUUCACAGAAUAAACCGAUGCAUACGGUUA